AUGUCGACGACCUCUGAUAAUCGCCCUAAUGGUGCGAAUUGGGUUGAGGAGACCAAUAACCCGCCACCUCAGGUUGUGGUCCAUUCUGCCCCUGAGGCCGUCAGCAUACAGAUGAACAACCUAGGAAUCGGCAACGAUGGAACCGAGGAGAAUCAAACAUUUCAGUCAUUUCAGCUAGGUGGAGAUAUCGACUCGGCGAAUGACUUCGAGCAUGCCAGCCCUCCGCCUCGGGGGGCCUCACGUCUUUGGAAUUGGAAGACAAUAAUCGGUAUCUGCAUAGGCCUUCUUAUUCUCGCCAUCGUGAUACCUCUCACGGUUACGUUGUCCGCAAAAGGGCACACGUCUUCCGGAGACAAUACUGAGAACCUUGCGACUUCUUCUGCCUCGUCAUCGUCUCCCUCCUCCACAACUACCUCUUCGACCUCGCUUCCAGCCCCCUCCUCAACGUCGACACCGUCUCUCGGGUGCGUCGAGUCCGAAUUCGUCCAACAGGUCAACUGGAUCGGCAUUGAUAAGAGUGGCGGCGGCUGGGUGUUCAACUUGCACCCGGCUAAAAGCGCUCAGGAUUGCUGUGCAAUCUGCUACCUGGACACUCAUGACGGCUGCAAUGGCUGGCUUUACAUACCGGAGAACUCAUCGACGCCAUCAUGCUCCAUUAUCCACGGGUUCGCCGGCCCGAACGACGGUGACUCCUGCCCGAAUGGCCGUCCUGACAUCGUCUUCGCAAAGGCACCAAAUAAGGACAGCCAUGGUGGGCCAGGACCUUGUGCAGGCUCAGUUCGUGGAUGA